ACAUCAGUCGAGACGAGGCAGCAGGACCCGCGUGCCCGGCUCAUGACGCGAGGCUCCGCGCGUGGUGUCACCGUGGGAACCAGGAGACUGACAGGAGGACGGGGAGGGGCGCGCGCCAAUGUGAGUGGACUCUCUCCCUGGCACACACACACACACACGUCCACUCAGACUCACUGUGAAUCAGUAGUUCGGCGCUAUAAGGACCGUCAUCAGGCAGCGGAUGGUGCUCGUUGCGCGCUGGGACAGUGCUGCUGAUAAUGAUGAUGAUGGAAGGACAGUGCAGUCGCUGUAAGAUCGUGGUGGUCGGUGACACUCAGUGUGGAAAGACGGCGCUGCUGCAUGUGUUCGCCAAGGACAGCUACCCAGAGAAUUAUGUGCCCACGGUGUUUGAGAACUACACUGCAAGCUUUGAGAUCGAUAAGCACCGCAUCGAGUUGAACAUGUGGGAUACAUCAGGGUCCUCGUAUUAUGAUAAUGUCCGGCCCCUGGCGUAUCCAGACUGUGAUGCUGUGCUCAUCUGUUUUGAUAUCAGCAGACCGGAGACCCUGGACAGCAUCCCUAAGAAGUGGCAGGCGGAGGCUCAGGAGUAUUGUCCUAAUGCAAAGUUGGUGCUGGUUGGCUGUAAGCUGGAUAUGAGAACAGAUGUCAGCACCUUAAGAGAACUGUCCAAACAGAGACUCAUACCUGUCACUCAUGAACAGGGGAGUUUACGAGCACGCGAGCUGGGCGCAGUUGCAUACGUGGAAUGUUCAUCCCGAAUGUGCGUGAACAGCGUACGAGACGUCUUUCACAUCACCACGCUCGUGUCCGUCAGACGUGAGCCCGCCCCGAGCCUCAAGAGAAGCUCCUCGCGCCACGCUCUGAAGCGCAUAUCUAAUCAGCCUCUGCUGCCAGUCAGCUCACAAGCCACGCCCCUUGAACCCACCCCGACCCUCAGGGAGGACAGAGCUAAGAGUUGCACAAUCAUGUAGACUAAUGCAUCUUUACAUGCAUACAGUCAAAGCAGAGUGUGUGAAUGAAAAAAAUGUGCAGAAAAGGCACAGAAUCUCUGUAUUUAUGGGACACUGAGGGUCAUAUUGUCCCAUAUAUGGCCCAUGGGACUGUACAGUUGUGUGAAUAUAUUAUACAGAGGAGUUCUAUUUAUUAACUUCAAGCUUGCUUUUAUUUUUUAUCAUUGUGGUAUGAUUUAGCAGACCUAAGUGUCAAAAAGUGUGUAAAGCAAAUGGAAAAAGAAUUAAAAAAAAAAAAGGGUUUGGAA